AUGGCUCGUUCUACUAGUGCCUCGUCCCCGCCGUCUUCGUCCGUGAAGCGAGUCACACGCGGCAAUGUAUCCCCACCAUCGCCGCCGAAGCCCACUGUCAUCAAGCCGAGUAGGGAGGUCAUUCGGUCGAACGUGUUGGAGCUGCACAAAGCCGGCCUCUCCUACCGCCAGAUCGCCGACCAACUCGGUCUCCUUUGGCACACAGUGCGUGCAAUCCAUGUACGCUACUCGGCGAGGGGCGGGACGCAGGAUUCGCCGCGAUCUGGACGUCCGACCAAGGUUUCUUCGACUGCCGCCGUCAAAAAGGCGAGGCUGCUGCAGCGCCAUAAAAACGCCCGACUGGCUUUCGCCCGCGCUCACGCCAAUUGGACCGUAGAGGACUGGUUGAACGUCGUUUUUUCCGACGAGACCGCUCUCUACCUGUACAGGAACAACAACUCUGGCCGUGUGUGGCGUGUGUGGGGUGCACCGCUCGACGACAGGUCGGUCCAGGGCACUGUCAAGUUCGGAGGAGGGCACAUCAAUGUGUGGGGAGCGAUUUCGCGUUGCGGCAUCUCCUUCUUCUCCGAGCUCGGCGACCGCAUGAACGGCGACGUCUACCUCUCCGUUCUGAAUGAGGAGUUGAAAGACAGUCUGGCCGCUUGGGGAAACGACCCAAACCUGAUUUUCAUGCAGGACAACGCGCCCUGUCACAAGCGGAAGGACGUGAUGAAAUGGUUCAAAAACCAGAACCUCACCCUCUUGGAGUGGCCUGCGAACUCCCCCGACCUCAACCCCAUCGAGCAUGCGUGGAACAUGGUCAAGAACGCUGUGUACAAGCAGCAGGAGAUCACAAACCAAGAUAUGCUCUGGGAGCGCUUCCAAGAGGUCUACCACAAGGUCCUCACCGUCGAGGUCUGCACCUCGCUCAUUUCAUCCAUGCCGCGCCGCAUCAAAGCAGUUUUGGAUGCCCAUGGUGGUUAUACCAAGUAUUGA